AGACUUAUGGCUCGUACGAAGCAGACUGCUCGCAAAUCCACCGGUGGAAAGGCUCCGAGGAAGCAGCUCGCCACAAAGGCUGCAAGGAAAUCGGCACCCACUACUGGUGGAGUCAAGAAACCUCACCGUUAUCGCCCCGGAACUGUUGCCCUUCGUGAAAUUCGUAAGUACCAGAAGAGUACCGAGCUUUUAAUCCGCAAAUUGCCCUUCCAGCGCCUCGUUCGUGAAAUUGCUCAAGACUUCAAGACGGACUUGAGGUUCCAGAGUCAUGCGGUUCUGGCGCUUCAGGAGGCUGCAGAGGCUUACCUGGUGGGUCUCUUCGAGGACACCAACCUGUGCGCCAUCCAUGCUAAGAGGGUGACCAUUAUGCCUAAGGACAUCCAGCUCGCUAGGAGGAUCCGUGGCGAGCGUGCUUAGUUGGAUUAGGAGUUCGAUGUUUGCAUAUUAGAUUUUGCAUUUAUUAGGCCGUGCUUACUUCUUUUGAUUUUGUACAGUAUUCAAAGAUUAGGAAAUUGGCCAUUGGCUGAAGCCCACAAUUCUAUAUGAACUAGGUUUCUUGAACAUUUCUUUGCGGUGCCUCUCGUUGUGGUUCGUGUUGUGUUUUCAGCACUGGCAAUCGACUUAAAAACGGAUGAAAAAAGGCAUGUUCGAGCAACGCCACGCUUUCAAGUUGAUUAGUGAACUACGAUCUCAACUCUCUGUUGCCAGUUUA